GCGCGAGGAGGAUGACGACUGGAGAUCACACGCAUCGUACGCGUCGCAUGUGACGCAUGAUGAGCGGAGGCUACACCGCGAUGGCCGACGGCGCGACGCACGGCGACACGAGGGAUGCCACGAUCGUGAUGAACAAGUGGACGAGAGGGCAAGUACACGGCCAAAAAUAGUCAUGCCCAUGUUCACGGGGACAGAUCCAGACGCAUGGUUGAGUCAAGCUGUGCAAUUUUUUGAGAUCAAUGAUGUGCCAAGGUACGAAAGAGUGCAAAUUGCUGCUUAUCAUAUUGAUGGAGAAGCAAACGUAUGGUGGCAAUGGGUGAUGCACAAGAACCAUGGCGAGCACAUGCGUUGGAGGGAUUUCAAAAAAGAGCUCAUCACAAGGUUCGGCUCAAGUGACUACCACGAUUACAAUGAAGCAUUGUCGAGAAUCAAGCAAGUCGGAAGUCUGAGGGAGUAUCAAAAGGAGUUCGAGCGCAUUGCUAGUAGAGUGAGGGAUUGGCCUGAGAGUGCGCUAGUAGGGACGUUCGUUGGAGGGCUUAAAGCCGAACUAGUAGCCGAGGUGAGGUUGGACAGGCCAGGAUCGAUGCGAGCAGCUAUAGAGUCGGCCAGACUGCACGAAGAUCAUCUCAUGGCAGUACGCAAGGCGAAGCCGAGCGAC